UUAUAGUACUAGUGUAAUAUAGUAUAGACAUGCGUUAUAUAGACACUUUAGUACCUUUCGUAGCCAUUGAACUCAUGUGUUUUGUGUGGUCGCAAUCGAUUCAUUUAUUCACAUAUCUAAUGAGUCGUGUUAAGUAAAUGCUUAUGUAGGCAAGUUUUGAAAUCGUUUUUUGCGUUUCAGUCACUUUCUGUCGGGGUCUGUCUACAGUUUUGAAGUAAAAUUAAGUGAAGUCUCGAUGUCGUCGCGUUCAGCAGCAGCUGUCCAAAAUGGCUUCAUUACUGCUCUUCCGAUUAAUUUUGUUGUGCACGCGAUUGUCCCACUUCAUUAAGACCAAGUCUCCGUUUGUGAUUGAGGCUCUGAUGGUGACACUGUGCUUUAGUGCCAUUAUCAGCAAAUAUAUGUUGCUGACGUAAUGCGACACGAGAGCAAACGGAAAUACUAUAUAUAAAAUGUGAAUAAUAAAUGAUAAAUCGAGAUGUUUCUCUAAAAUAAUAAUAAUUGUAUAUUGUGCAAUAGUGGAAACUUAAACUCUAGGCUUCUCAAUCAAAUGUAUAUAGAAUGCGGGAUUCUGGACCACAGUCAUUUCCUUGAAGUCACCAUACAGCUUGUGCUUGGCCUGGCUGCCGAAGAUCUCAUUCAGGAUCUCUGUGAAACGCUUCAGUUCGUGGGGAUAAUAGGAGAGACGGAAUUCGCUGGCCAGCUUAUUGCCUUCGAUCUGAUAGUCCAUGGAGACCAAAGCUGGUUUGCCGCAAUAGAACAGAAC